AUGGCCCAAAUGUUCGGAGCGCCUGUUCCAUUCAAAUCCCCAGCCGAUGUUCGUCGCGACGCCCAGCAGCUAUCCGUCUCUAUCCUCUCUAGUUACCAGACAUUACAGGCCAUCCUCGCUCGCCACGAGGCCACGAUCCAGCAGCGGUGGUCCAGGAAGAAGAGGCAUCAGAGGCUGGACACCUUGACGCGCGCCUGGGGUCACGGCAUGCCCACGGUCCACCGGCCCGACUUUGAAGCCUUUCGAAAAGAGUCGAACCGACAGGUGCACAAUAGCACAGUAGCUAGGGACUGCUAUGUUUGGCCAUAUAUCAACGAAGAAGACCUGGUCAAGCCCAAGUCCUUGCUACUGCUGCUUCACGCUCGGGGCCAUAACCACCCCUCGGAAUUCGCUGGCGCCGACUUUGAAGCAAUGCAUCUCGGCGUCAUUACAAAGAAGAUCAUUCCCGUGUUUCUCAACGAGUAUGUAAUGAUACUCCAUGGGGCCCGCAACGCCAAGGAAUACGGCAAGUUGUUGGCUUGGAGCGAACACCCUGAUGCCUUUGAUUGGAUGUGCAGUCGCAAGCAGUUCAUGCCAGGCGAGGGGCUCGUGGUCCUCGAAGCACAGCAAAGGCUACUCGGUUUCCUAGUCAAGUGUUGUGAACACAUUCUCCACGAUGUUCCCUCUACGAUGUUGACUACUGGUGCGAUUCCUCUUGAACUGGGGCACCAGCUAAAGAGCGACAACGAAAAGGGCGGGUUUGCGUCGCUGACUGUUAUGGCAGCGGAAGCUCCCUAUCGGCCGCCCGCACGCCUUGAUUUCAAUCGAAUCGAGUCUCUACUCCGGGCCAGGUUGGAAGUAGCAAAGGACCACGUUUGGGCUCUUCGCGAGGACCCGGGCUACUUUGCCGAACAACUGGCCGAGGCCAAAGAACAUCGCCAAGAGAUGCUCAAGGACCUGAAUGGUGACACACACCCGAGUCUUGCACAUCCGAGGCAGCAUGUCUUUUGGGGUCGCGUGAUUAAGAGUUGUAUUAUUGCGGCCAAUCUUGAACUAGAAGCCUACAGCCAGCUUCAUCGCCAGGCAAAGGAGCUACAGCAACUACAUACUAAGUACGCCCAGUCACUUUCGCCUACGGAGGACCUACCUGGCGAGUUCUUGGGGCCGAUCCUCAAGUUCCGCCAUUAUCUCAACCAAACGGCAAAGGGGCCCAUGCAGGAGCUCAAGCAAAAAGUAGUCGCUUCCCCGCCGAUGCGGAGAUUCUUCGUCCGCGAACCCCCCGUCAGUAUCACCACAUCCAUGAUCCAAGUAAGAUCCAAGAGCGGCGUCAAAAUGAGCAAGACCGAGAGCCACCUGAUUUGGCUCCUCCGCACACUUUGGGACGACGGUCAGGAUUUGUUCUUUGUGGGUUUGCCCUUGUUACUAGACGAACUGGAACGGCUGUUACAGGCUGAACCACAGGCGAAGGAGCUUGUCUCUGCACAAGUCGCCAGGGACAUUGGCAAUCUCUCCAUCCUGUCGCAGUGUAUCAACCAGCUUGAAAUGUACCAUCCGUGGGCGCGAGGCUUCGAGUCGAUGAUGGUGGACAGGGAAGCCGGCAUCCGACAGGAAUUCACGGAGCGGACUAAGCCGUGGGCAAGGAUGCUAGCGGCUCUUGAUGAAAAGAACCUGCACCGUGUCGCGGAAUUGGGUAACCCAUCAGGCAACAAGUUUGCCUACCCAUCGGAGAAGCGCCGUAACAAAGAAAACACAGAGGCUCUACGCCAGGCCGAGAGCAACCUCGACGACUUUUGGGCCGCCAUUGAUCGUCUACUCUAUGACGGAUGUGGGAGUCUUAAAGGGACUGCAUUGGAGUCAGUCCUAUCACAGCAGCGCAGCUUGCAGCGCACUCCGGAAUGGGUUCAGCAGCCGGACGGAGCAACCAUCGAGACACAACAGCAUCGAUCUACGCAGGCCGUGGUCGAAUCCAUUUAUAAGCCGUUGUCUACGUUAUACUUCGAGCUCCCAGGAAGGCAUCAGGGGGGCUCGGAGCAGACCCCAAUUCCGCCAAAGCGCAAGACCAAAACCAAGUCGGCCACAGCAGAAGAGACCCCUCAGGGUAACACGGCAGGCCUACGGACUAUAGCCAGCGACGAUGCUACUGUGCCUCUCAUUCAGGUUGACGCGCGCGCACUCAAGGUGUUUCGGGCACUCUUCUUCGAUCCUGCCGUCACCUCAACGCCCGGGGAGGUUCAGUGGAAGGACUUCCUCUACGCAAUGACAUCGACUGUUUCACGAGCCUCACCCGUAUGGGAAAGUUCCAUUCGUCGUAGCAAGGCGGCACGGCAGGAGGUUGAAUAG